CAAUUUUAUUUUUUUAUAUUUUAUUCAUUUUAUUUAUAUUUUCAUAUUAUACGUAUGUAUUAAUUUAUAUUUUAAAUAUUUCAUUAUUCAUCUGAUUUUUUUAUUUCACUGACAUUUUGUAAAUUAUUAAAACAUAUUUAUUUAUAAUUAAUUAUACUUGCAUUUUAUCUUACUUAUUGUUUUGCUGCAUAGUUUGAUGAAUACCUCGGUCCAUGUUGUUGCGUUGAAUAAGUAGGUUUUAGUUUAUCAAUUAAAAAAUGAAUUAAGAAUCAAACUGUUUCUUCAAAUUAAUAUUGUAUUUAAUUUAGAUUAAUUAUUAAUAAAACUUAACUAAUAUCAAAAACCUUGCUUGAUGAUAGUGUUGUAAUAAAGUCAGCGACUUACACAAGUACUGAAAGACUGAGGAUAAUAGACUAUAACCUACUCAAGAGCACUUUGUAAAUGACUAUAAGUCUAAAAAUAUUGAAUGAUUAUGAACCAGAUUUAUAGUCUGAUCUAGUGGUGUGAUAUGUGAUCACGCCAUAUUUCACUUUGAUCACAGAUAUUUUUUAUAGAUUAGGUAAAAAUAUGAUCACGCUAUAUUAAACUUUGACUACAGUAAUUUUUUUAUAGAAUAGGUAAAACUAUGAUCACGCCAUAUUACAACGCUACCACAGUUAUUUUAUAGAUUAGGUAAAACUAUGAUCACACCAUAUGAUACCACAACCUUACAAAUCUGUAUAUAAGUGAUCAGUAGACAUUGAUUAUAGUUAGUGUUAAAUCUCAACAUUGUCUAUAAAUUUUAUGUUUCGUCGUUUCAUACCGUAAUAUAUCCGUUUGCUACAAGUCGAUAACAAACCAAGUAACACAAUUUGAUCAGGUAUAUUUAAUAUAUAUAAAAAAUAAUAUGUCGUACUAUACUAAUGUAUCUGCAGGCGAAAGCUCUUCAAAUGAUGAUAAUGAAAGUAGUAUGCUAUCAACACUAUCAUCUUCUUUAAAACCGGUAAAAAUGCAGAAUAAAAAAAGAAAAAAUGAUACUGAACCAAAAGUUAAAAUGACUAAGGCUGGAAAGCGAACAGAAUCAAUAGAGACGUACAAGGAUGCCUUAGCUAGUGUAAUUUCGAAAGGAAAUAUUGAAGAUAACGUUUCUAACUCAAUAACAUUGACGGAAGGAAAUUACACGUAUACGAUUCGGUGUCCAGUAGCGCCAAAAUGCGAUGACUACUACGUCAUUCAACAUUAUAAAACUAGUGUUAUAAAGGACAUUCCGUCACUUGAAAGAUGGAAACAUUCUGAAGCUAGUGUAAAGUUGUACACUAACAACACCUUUCCUGCUGACAACGAAAUAUCUAUAAAAAUAAAUGAACUAAUUCGGACAAUUUUAAAUCGAUGUUCAUCGGAUCCGAAACGGAAGAUUGUGAAAAACAGUAAAAAAUAAAAAAAAAUGCAAAUAUAUUAUUUUGUAAAAAUUUUUUAUUGGUAGUACCUAUAAAUUAUGAUAUUUAAUAAAAUUAUUAAAAUUGAUAAAAUUAA